GCUAAAUAUCACGUUAUUGGGGUCGCUUAAACCCGCGGCAGCAACAGUGUUAAAGUCAUAGAUAUUUAUACGGUUAAAGUAGCCCAAUUCCGCGGGAAAACCGCAGACUUGGCAACACUGCAGUACAGCAUACAACGAGUCAUGUGAUUGGACAACCGUUGCGUCCGUCAGAAAGAGCGCGCUCUGCCAUAUUUAAAAAGUGUCGCGGCGUUAAGGCACAGUUCGCGAUCUGUGAUUGGCUGCGCGAAGGUCACGGCGUCUGCCAUUGGUUCGUUCUCGGGGCACGGCGUCACCGCCGUAACGUUCUCUUCGCUGAUUGGCUGGCCGUCGAGCUCGGGCGCGAUUUCCCACGCGGGAAACUACCAAGUGAGUUCCGAUCACUGUAUCAACUUUUGCCAGUGAGAUUGCAGGACAAGAACGGAAUCAAAGGCGCCGGGCGCUGGAACAGCGAUACAUGUAACAUUGGGAAUGACUGUCUUUAUAAUACAGCGACUAACGGCGGCACGUUAACGGCGGGAUAUUCCUCCAACUGCACUUAUUUACACUUCUAGAUAUUUUAACAACGGUUUUAAGCUUCAUUUUAUCUGAACGUUGUUUGCGAUGGCUGACAGCAAACAUCAAGUGAUAUUUUGUAACGACUCGCCGAAAAGAGUUCUGGUGUCCGUGAUCAAAACGACUCCGAUCAAACCGAAAGCGGCGGAGUCUCUGAUGCCCACCAGCCCCGGAUUCAGUGAUUUCAUGGUUUAUCCGUGGCGCUGGGGUGAAAACGCGCACAACGUGACUCUGAGCCCGGGAUCUGGCAGCGGAACCGCCUCGCCGACCAGAAACAGCAGCUCUCCCGCCGAAUCAGAUAUCAACAACUGCCCUGAGCACCUUAAGGACGGCAUUCGGCGUGGACGCCCGCGGGCAGACACCGUCCGAGAGCUGAUCAACGAGGGCGAGAACUCCACCAGCCGCAUCCGCUGCAACAUCUGCAAUCGCGUCUUUCCUCGCGAGAAGUCGCUACAGGCGCACAAACGCACGCACACAGGUGAAAGACCGUACCCGUGUGACUAUCCGGACUGCGGGAAAGCGUUCGUCCAGAGCGGACAGCUGAAGACCCAUCAGCGCCUCCACACCGGAGAAAAACCCUUCGUCUGUUCGGAGAAAGGUUGCAGCAGCAGAUUCACGCACGCUAACCGUCACUGUCCCAAACACCCGUACGCCCGGCUGAAGCGCGAGGAGCCCACGGGUGGCCCCGGGAAAUCCCAAGGAGCCGACAACCAGGCUGUGGCCGAAUGGCUGGCGAAAUACUGGCAGAUGAGGGAGCAGCGGACGCCCGCGCCGACUAAAGCAAAGACUCUGAGUAAGACCACUAUAGAGGAUCAAGAGCAGCAGGAUCCUCUGGACUUCCUUCCGUCCGACGAAGGUGAAGAAGAGGAGCAGGAGGAAGAGAAGAGCGGCGGUGGAACGGCGCGGCGGCGUCUUCAAGAGCAGCGCGAGCGUCUUCACGGCGCACUGGCGCUCAUCGAGCUGGCUAACAAUCUCUCCGCCUGAGAAACGCCAGCGACUUUGAAACCCGCCUGGGUUUAUAUAAGCUACAAGCACCUUAUUUUGCUUCCUGUUGUACCUUUAGGCUGCUAUGAUGGUAGUGAUAUCAUUAUAUGAAGAAUGUCGUCGUUUUCUCAGCUUGUUAAGGAGAUGAUGAGACGUCUUGUGUUUGUUUCGUUGUGCACUUUUGUGGAAAGAGCAUUUGUUUCUCGGGUUUGCGUGCGAGAUGUGAUUUCGGAUGAGUGUGUGUGUGUGUGUGUGUGUUUUGAAACAGGGUGCGGUGACUGACCUGCUAAAGAUGAAGACUUACUGACGGCAGAUUGCAUAGCGCUUUUAUACAUUAAUCUGGUUUGCUUCGUACGCUGUCGUCCAUCACAUUGGUCAUGUUAAAUCAUGUAUUUAUUCUGUAUUUAAAGCCACCGGCUCAGGCUUUGCAAUAACGUCGAUACAACUAACCAGCUUUAAGAUGCUGCAUUGGUACACGCUUAUAAACUAGUGUAUAGAGUUGAUGGGUAAACCGAAGAAGCACUUAUGAUAUUAAUCUACGACUGCCUCCACAUUUCCAAAGAUCAAAAUGAGAUUCUGGAUCUAAAAAUCACUUCGGUGUCUUCGAUCCGUAACACUAAGUUUUUCUGUUCACGUGCUUCAUUCGUUCGGAUUAAAUGAUUUCAUGGAUUCGUUUGGAAACUGGAAGGUGUUUGUCAUUGGAAAUUCAUUUUAUAACUUAAAUAAUAUAUUCCCCCCAGAAUCCUUCAGAAAGCCGUGCACGAACUGAUCCCGUCACGACGACAGAAUGUAAUCGAGCGUUUUAUUCUGAGUUGUUCUGUUCGCUGUGCUCUUAAGGACUUUGUAAAUGUUGAAAGGGCUUUUCCUGAUUAGUGUUAGCACUUCAAGUCUUCAUUAAACCAUAUAAAUCCGU